AUGAGCUUCAUUCAGCGUAUUGUGAAGCGGUUGCCCUCAACGCCGAAUCUACCCUUCGAUGACAGCUCACGCGAAAAGGCUCGGAAUUUCUCCAGAUUCGCUUUCCUGAAGCGCAGGAUACGAUUAAAGGGCAACUCGUCGAUUUCCAUACCCCUAGGCUUUGUUCUGUUAUUUCCGUGCCUUGUGAUUACCCUCAUUCUACUCUUGUUCGUACGACAUCCAGCCUCUCCUGGCGGGAUCCUCAUUCCAGCAGGCACUCCGCCCUCGAUCAGGAGAAUAAGUGAGAAAUAUGACAAGGUCUUCGCUACUGGCUGCUUGCCAGUUGAAGAGGUGCCCCCUGACUAUAAACGGGCGAAUGCUGCGUUUGUCGUUCUCGCCCGUAACAAGGAAUUGGAGGGUGUCGUUCAGUCACUGAAAUCCAUCGAACGUCACUUCAAUCGCUGGUACCACUAUCCAUAUGUAUUCUUGAACGACGGCGACUUCGACGAUGACUUCAAGGCCACCGUCAAGAAUUACACCAGCGCCCCUGUGGAGUUUGGCAAGAUCGAUGAGACCAUGUGGGGUUUCCCCGACUGGGUUGACCACGAGGUUGCCAAGGAAGGUAUCAGAAAGCAGGGAGAUGCUGCAAUCAUGUAUGGAGGCAUGGAAAGUUACCAUCAUAUGUGCAGAUUCUAUUCUGGGUUUUUCUACAAGCAUCCUCUCCUCAUGAAGUACGAGUGGUACUGGCGUCUUGAGCCGGAGAUCAAGUACUUCUGCGAUAUCACAUAUGAUCCUUUUAUCAUGAUGGCCGAGGCUAAUAAGACUUACGGUUUCACUAUCGCCGUCAAGGAACUUCGCGAAACUGUACCCAACAUCUUCCGCUACGCGUCCGCCUAUAUGCGAAAGAAUAAUUUCAAGUCGAAGGGGCUUUGGGAGAUGUUUCUUGAGAGGCCUGAACAGGAGGAACCCAAGCCGGAAGAAGAACAGAAGAAGGACAAGCUUCCCGACGAGAUACUCCUUACCGAUCCGGGCGAGAAUGCUCUUCCUGAAGUUGAUCCAGAGGCUAUGGAGGGCGAGAAGUACAACAUGUGUCAUUUCUGGAGUAAUUUCGAAAUCGCACGCCUGGAUUGGUUCCGCAGCAAAGAAUAUGAAGAUUUCUUCGAGAUGAUGGACAAGAGCGGGGGCUUCUGGAUGGAGAGAUGGGGUGAUGCGCCUAUCCACUCGCUAGCCGCUGGCGCUCUCUUAUCUCCCAGCGACAUCCACUACUUCCGUGAUUUUGGCUAUCGUCACACCACGAUCCAACACUGUCCUGCAAAUGCGCCUGCGCGACAACUGCCCCGAAUUCCAUAUCUGGAAAAGACCACGUUGGAUGAGAAGGCGCGAAUCGAAGAAGAUGAAUACUGGGCGACUUUUGACGCCGUCAAGGAGAACGGUGUCGGUUGCAGAUGCAGGUGUGAUACUGAUAUUGUGGAUGUUGAAGGCAAACAAGGCAGCUGUCUCGCCGAAUGGGUAGAAGUUGCUGGAGGAUGGGCAUCUCCAUAG